AUGGUCGGCACUCUCGAACCGCGCAGUACAGCCAUAACAGUUGUAGAGGCCGGAGCAAUGAUUGCAUUAAAUAUCAUUUCGCUUUUGGGCAACGUCCUAGUUUGUUUGUCGGUUUACAGAAAUAACAGGCUCCGCACCACAACAAAUCUGUACAUCAUUGCAUUGGCUGUAACUGACUUGAUAGCUGCAACUUUCGUCAUGCCUCUAGCUACUGGAGUUCUUAUCACAGGAAGAUGGCCUUUUGGUGAAACGGCUUGUCAAAUACACGCUUAUUUCGGUCUUUUUGCGGUGUAUGUUUCGCCUGUAACCAUGGGUCUUACUGCCCUUAAUAGAUACACAAGAAUAUGCAAAUCAGAUCAGCAAUAUAAACUAUUCUUUUCGAAGAAAAAAUCUCUUAUUUUUCUUGGAUUUUCCUGGACCUUUGUUGCUCUCUGGAUUUUACUCCCUUGUCUUACAGGUCUACAAGAAUUCUAUUUUGUGCCGAGCUAUGCAGGUUGCUUAAACAGGCAGAUGAGUGAUCUAGCAAAAAUACUACACUAUAUCGUCGUUCUUGGCUUGUUUUUCGCACUUCCAUUAGCAGUAACAAUAUUCAGCUACAGAAAAGUUUUGAAAAAUAUUCGGGAACACAAUACUGGAACGGCUCGAAAUCUUCGAACAAACAGCAACGAGACAGUCACAACAAAAGAAAUUCGACUAAGCAAGUCUCUGUUUGUUGUCGUCUUUGCCUUCAUGUUGUGUUGGCUACCCGCUUGGGUCAUCACCAUCCUGACGAGAUUUUUGUUUGGCAAUAAAAUGCCGCGCAAUGUUCAGUUACUUUGCCCUUUUUCCUUAAAUAUUUCGAACGCUAUUAAUCCCUUCAUUUAUGCUGGAAUGAAUCCUGUGUUUAGAAGAGAGUUUCGAAGAUUACUCGUAUGUAGAUUUGGCGGAGAGAAAGUCGACAAUCAUCAAUUAGAAGACCAACCACCUCUUGGGUAACUGCCCAAAAAAACCUCUGCAUUUAUGGUUCCAGCGAUCCCGAGAACACCUGAUAACAGACUUAGUAUCCACAACGAGACUGCUUAAGAAGAGAUGGAAAGCGUCCAGUUCCAAGCAAUCAAGGAUGAAAAGGCCGGAUGAAAAGAUGACAGUAACCGAUGCAAUAAUCUCUUUAGUUUAAGUUUCAUUCAGUUUAUGGUGGUCUUAAGUAAAAUAGCCUGUCAUCUUUGCUAACACACGCCACUUACCAAUAAAACGCAAUUUGCUUUAGUCAAACAGACAAUGCCAAGUCAUAUUUUCUCAGUACAAAUACUUCCGUUCUCUGCAGGCAGGUCCGCUUUUGGCUGGGUUAUGCCUCUAAAUUGUUGAUUAUCUUUGUGCACAUUUUUCAUUUUGUAGAUUGGUAACUGAAGUUAUAAUCAGCAGGCAUUCGAAUAAAGCAUUGAGCAACGACGUAAAAAAGUCGAGAAAAAAACCUCUUGCAGGUCGUCAAUUUAAUCUGUAAAGAAUUUGUAGAAAAAGGAACAAAAUGGACUUCAUUUUGGAACAGAAGUAACUGUUCGAAAUUGACGGGCCUGGUGUGCCUGUGCAUUAAAGGCCAGUGUUAUCAUUUUCUACAUGGGGUCUAUCUAUCACUAGGCGGACCUCAGCCCAUGUUUGAAUGUUUUCGUAAAAACGCCAAAAACUCAACCUACCUCAUAUUAGACCUACGUACGCAUAGUUAAACGAAGCUAGUUAACACAUUUAUAUCUUACUUUAUCAUGAUCAGUUCUAUUUUACAACACAAUAAGAUCUAUACGUAAUGAAUUCUACAAUAUUGUAUGUUUGUAAAUUAUACUCUGCAAGAUAAUUCCGUGUCGAAUUCCUGUGUCAUUCCUGACUGGGCCCUAUCGGGCCAACUUGUGAUACUGAAUUUAUCUUUGUCAGGCUUUUAUGUUCUCUUGUCUUUGUUCAACUGAUCCGAUUCCAGUUGUUCCAGUUUGACUUUUGUCGUGAAUACCUUGAAAAGAAACCCGAUAAUGAAAUAUACAUCAUUGUAAUUCAGUUUUACUCAGUUAAGUACAAUUAACAAGCAAAAUUAGUACAAAUAUCUCACGGUGGACUCAUAAAAAUAUACUAAAAUAAUGAGCUGAACAUCACUCACUAGGGCUAACGUAUAUGUUGUAGUUAUUUUUUUAUCUCAGGUAAUUUUUGUUUCAUUUUCUUUCGUUUUUGGGUAUGGUAAUGUAUGCUAAUCAAGUUGAAAAAAAGAAAACGAAAAAAGAAAAAUUACCUGAGAUAAAAAAAAAACCUACUGACAACAUAUAUGUUUUGAUAUUCGGGUACAAAACACUGAAUACAUGAUCUGUAGAAGCAAAUCGGUUAAAAAAGUUGAAAUGACAUUGAAAGAAUUAUGAUAUGAAGGAGUGUCUCCAUACCGAGCGACCAAUCUUACUUACAUUAAAAAAUGUUAAACAAAUUUAAAUUUGUCGUUUUCUUUCGCACAGUCAGCAGCUAUGCAAAUUUCGUGGAACAUAAGAAUUUGCACAUGAAAAAAGAGUUCAAUCCCCACAGGUCUCCACAGGACUUUUUUGUACACCAAUAUGGCCGCAGUGACGUCAUGUAAAAUCUAUCUCUAUACGCCGAAUUCAAAUUGUAUUAUUAAAAAAACAGUUAGAUGUUUAGAAACAAUCAAGCAGUGUUUAAUCAAACAUACUGAAAAUUGUUAAGAAAGAGUGCAUUCAAUUUCACGGAAGAUGAAUAUUGUUCUCUAUGUAAGUUUCAAUUCAGUUGUGCUUAAAGUUAUCAGAUUUCUAAGUUGAGGGGAAGGAUAAGUGUAGGAGUGAAAUAAUCUUGAUUGUUCCUCAGAUAAUGAAGCAGGUGAUUUUAAAAAAGUCGAUCAAGGCGAGCUGUAAGUCAUUACAUAUGACUGUUAUCACUCCGAAUGGGAGACUUCGCGAGGAAAAAGGAAAUGUUCUUGAUAGAGGAACUAGAUUUAAUAGUGGUUAUUAAAUCCUAAACCAAUUAUUUCACUAAAUAUUCUGUAAUUUCUGUGCAACAUACGAGUUUGUCGGUCUGUUUCUUUUGUCUAGCAUACCGGGAUAUGUUUUCGACUUUGUCCCAACACCUCUAGCAUCUGGAGGUGUUGGCCUUUUCAUUCACGAAUUACUAAAUUACACAGUUUUAGAAAAGAUCUCUAAUGAAGCUUUUCAAGCCCUUUGGAUUGAAAUAUCUUUUGCAAAUAACAAAAACAUUGUCUGUGGUAUAAUAUAUCGCCAACACAAUUCUCCGGAUCAGUUCAUGUCUUACUUCGAAGAAACCAUCGAAAAAUUGACAUCUCUUAAUAAAAAUGUAUUUAUCAUGGGCGAUUUCAACAUAGAUCUAUUGAAAUGCGAAACAUCUCAAAUUAGCCAUGACUUCUUAAUGUCCUUACAAAGUUGCUAUCUCAUUCCAACAGUUGAUAAGCCCACUCGAAUCCAUAGGAACUCAGCUACGUUAAUUGAUAAUAUCUUUUUAAACAACCCUGACCAAAUACUUCUCAGCGGUAACAUCAUCUCCGAUAUUAGCGAUCACUUCUCUCAAUUUUGUAGAUCAAAGCAGCAAGAGAUAAAUAUAGAGGGUACACUACCAAGAUACGCGAUUUUUCUAAUUUUUCCGCAGACCAAUUCAAUAGGGAACUCUCUGAGGUUGACUGGGAAUGUAUCCUCGUAAAUCAUGCAACUGAUCCAGACAAAUUAUUUUCAACUUUAUAUAAGAAAUUUAAUAAGAUUGUAAACAAACAUGCUCCCAUUACAAAGUUAUCAAAGCGUAAAGCCAAACAGCUUUCUAAGCCUUGGAUUACUACUGGAUUAAAAGCAUCCAUUAUGGUUAAAAACAAAUUGUAUGUGUCCGGUGACGAAGACAAAUACAAAUAUUAUAGAAACAAAAUUUGUAGCCUGAUACGUCUAAGUAAAAAGAUAUACUAUCAGGAUUAUUUCGAACGCCACAAAACAAACAUGAAAAAGACAUGGGAAGGAAUAAAUGACGUCUUGCAUCGCAGAAAGAAGACCAAAAUUAUAACUGCUAUUAAGGACCCGAAUAAGAGCAACAAAAUCGUAAAAGAACCUUCACAGGUCGCUAAUAUUCUUAAUGACCAUUUUUCGUCAGUAGGAAAUAGGCUAGCUAGCACAAUUCCAACGCCACAACAACAUUAUCUUAAUUACGUUAGUCAUUGCGAAGCACCAUCUUCAUCUUUUCUAUUCUUACCGGUAACGUCCGACGAAGUGAAAUUUCAGAUACUCUCCAUACCAAACAACAAGUCUUAUGGUCUAUAUUCAUCUCCCAUAAAAUUAUUAAAGUGUGCAAAAUAACUCCAAUAUUCAAGAGUGGCGAAGAUAAUGAUGCGAAUAACUACAGGCCUAUAUCCUUAUUAUCUAACUUUAACAGAAUUUUUGAAAAGAUCAUGUACAACAGAAUGAAAGAUUACAUCGACAAACAUAACUUAUUGUAUUCCUCCCAGUACGGUUUUCGUAAAGGUCACUCGACUCAACAUGCAAUAUUAGACAUUGUAAACGCAAUACAAAUUAAUAUGAAUCAAGGUCUUUUCUCGUGCGGAGUCUUCAUAGACCUCAAGAAAGCUUUUGAUACUGUCGAUCAUAACAUUUUGCUUGACAAACUUAAUCACUAUGGUUUUCGUGGAAUUAUUAAUGAUUGGUUCUCCUCGUAUUUGAAUAAUCGGGUGCAAUCUACCCAAAUCGUACCAUACAUUUCAAACAAAGCCAACGUAAGUUAUGGCAUUCCCCAAGGAUCUGUGCUCGGCCCGUUGCUUUUUUAAUUGUAUGUUAAUGGCUUACAUCAAUGCUCGAAUAAACUUAAGUUUUAUCUCUUCGCAGAUGAUACUAAUAUCCUUUAUGCCGAUAAAAACUUUAAGUCCCUAGAAAAUAUAGUAAAUAUCGAAUUACAAAACCUCCACGAAUGGUUAACAUCCAAUAAGUUAACUCUCAAUACUACAAAAACUAACUUUGUAAUCUUUCAUCCUUAUCGAAAAAAAGUCACUUACCAACCGAGCCUCUACAUGUUCGAUAACGAAAAAAAUGGAAAUGUAACUCUAGAGUCCAAAAAUUAUAUUAAAUAUCUUGGUGUGUUGGUUGAUAAAAAUCUUACUUGGAAAUAUCACAUUGACGCCAUUACGGCAAAAAUCAGUAAAACCGUUGGACUAAUUUAAAAACUUCGGCACUCCAUACCCCGUCAUAUACUGUUAUAUAGUUUACCAAACAUUAAUCCACCCUCACCUAAACUAUGGUCUUGCUGCCUGGGGUGAGGCAUCCAAGACGUCCCUCAAUAAAAUUUUAAUUCUCCAGAAGAAAGUGCUUCGCAUGAUGUAUUUUACGGAUAUACGUGAACACGCAAUUCCUCUAUUUAUCGACGCUGACAUAUUACCAGUGUCAUGUGUAUUAUAAAACUGUGGCUAAUCUAAUGCACGAUAUUAACAACAACAAUUCGCCAACAAAUCUGCUCAAUUUAUUUGAAAAAAUCUCAACAAUUCAUUCAUACUAUACAAGAUCAUCUAGUUCAGGUAACUUUCACGUCAAAAGCUCAAAGCUGGAAAUACACAAAAACUCCUUGUCUCGCUUUGGUGUAAAACUUUGGAAUGAGAUGCCUUGUCAUAUUAGAGAUCUUCCUAAAAAGAAAUUUAGGAAAGUACUUCACAGAUUGCUUUCGGAUAUCUUAAAAAGAGAAGAUGACUAUAUUGAGACGCCCUUAAUAGUUGAAAAAGUUCGAUUAAUAGUUUAGUGAUUUCUGUAUUAAAGUAUUUGUUUGUUUGCUUGUUCAGAUUUAAUGUAAUUAAAAUAAAACUGUGAUAGAAUAUUAUUUAUUGUAACUUAAAAUUGUAGUUUUCCUUCCUUUUCCUUUCCUUUCUUUUCCUUUCAAUUUAUUUUUCUUUUAACUGGUCCGCCUAGAUUAGCAAUUGCUAUUUUGCGGGCCAGUCUAUUGUAACCAAUAGUCUUAUGAAAUAAAGUUGAAGUUGAAGUUGAAGUUUCCAGAAAUAACAGGCUCUUCAUUUAUAUCAUUGCAACUAUCGUCACGCCUCUAGCUACUGGACUUCUAAUAACAGGGAGUUGGCCUUUUUCCGUAAUUUUGCAAAUAGCCUAUUAUAAACAUUAGGGUCUCUUUAAAUUGUACCUCCUAAAUUUCAGGACGCUGUUAAUGUACAAUUACCCCUAAAAGGAUGUAUACAACCUCUACGUUCACGACACUUUACGCUUCUUGUCUUUCCUAUAACUGGGGUGCCAUAUUUUCACCCUCUUUUAACAUUAAACAAAGUUCCAAUUUUAAUUUAGAACAGAAUCUUCGUGACAAACACCUCUUGCUGUGAUCCUAUCCUUCGGAUUAAUUAAAUUUGUUAAAAGUAGACGGUUAACAGAUCUUAUGAAGUAUGAAGUCUUAACUUUGCAGUGGUGCCUAAGCUUUCUCCCCUCGGCUCCAUCGUCUCUUUUGCAAAUGAAGACGACCACGUCAAAGUAAAGAUUCAUUAGCAUUAAAAAAUUUAGAUGUUUAGGAAAAACCAAGCAGUGUUUUAUUAAACCAUAAUCUUAUAACCCCGAAGGGGUGAUAUGCUUCUAAAUAAACAUAAUAAAACUGAACCGAAAUAUAUUCUCUGUUAAGUAAUUCGAUCAUCGACUUGCUAUUAAAAUAAUCGGUAUAAGAGUCUGCUACUUAAUUUAGAUAAAGACAAAAUGAGAAAAAAAAGAAAAGAAAAGAAACCUGGAAAAGAUGGGGUGAGAGUGCGCUAAGUAGAAUAAACUUGGCUAAUACGUGAUCUGAUGAAGCAGCUGUGUUAACAAAAGUCAUGGUGAAGAAAUAAAUUAUUUUUCCUAUGUUUAUUUUAUUAAUGAAAGUUGUCACUCCUGUUGUCACUCUAAAUGGGAAAACAACGUGAUAUUACUCUUCCUUUGGGAAAUCACCUUUAACGGUGGCAUUGAAAGCUUUUAACCAUUUGCAUUGGGCUUACCAAUAGAUCAUUUUGUCACCAUCUCUUUCGAUAGCAGUUUAAACUGUGGUCCUUGAGAACGUUUACAAAGACCAAGUUCAACAAUGGUGGGCGCUCUCGAAUCGCGCAGUACAGCCUUAAAAGUUGUAGAAGCUGGAGCAAUGAUUGCAUUAAAUAUUGCGUCGCUUUUGGGCAACAUCUUAGUUUGUUUGUCGGUUUACAGAAAUAACAGGCUCCGCACCACAACAAAUCUGUACAUCAUUGCAUUGGCGGUAAGUGACUUGAUAGCUGCAACUCUCGUCAUGCCUCCAGCUACUGGAGUUCUUAUCACAGGCAGAUGGCCUUUUGGUGAAACGGCUUGUCAAAUACACGCUUAUUUCAGUCUUUUUGCAGUGUAUGUUUCGCCUGUAACCAUGGGUCUUACUGCACUUAAUAGAUACACAAGAAUAUGCAAAUCAGAUCAGCAAUAUAAUCUAUUCUUUUCGAAGAAAAAAUCUCGUAUUUCUCUUGGAUCUACCUGGACAUUUGUAGCUCUCUACAUUUUAAUACCACGUGUAACUGGUCUGCAAGAUUUUCAUUUUGUGCCAAGCUAUGCAGCUUGCUUAAACAGGCACUUGAGUAAUUUUGGGAAAAUGGUUCACUACUUUGUCGUUCUCGGCUUGUUUUUCGUCCUUCCCCUAGCUGUGACAAUAUUCAGCUACAGAAAAGUUUUGAAAAAGAUUCAGGAACACAAUACUGGAACAGCGCAAAGUCUUCGAAUAAACAACGAGACAGUCACCUCAAAUGAGAUUCGACUAAGCAAGUCACUGUUUGUUGUCGUCUUUGCCUUCAUGUUGUGUUGGGUACCCGCUUGGUUUAUCACCAUCCUGACAAGAUUGGUUUUUGGCAAUAAAAUGCCUCGCAAUGUUCAGUUACUUUGCACAUUUUUCUUAAAUAUUUCGAACGCCAUCAAUCCCUUUAUUUAUGCAGGAAUGAACCCGGUAUUUAGAAGAGAGUUCCGAAAACUACUAGGAUGUAAAUUUGGAGUAAGAGUCGAGAGUAGUUUAAGUCAACAAUCAUCAAGUAGAAGACUAGCCACU